AUGCAUUUCUCUGCAGUUGCUAUUGCCACCGCCUUGAUUGCGGUCGCCAACGCUCAAUCUGACUACUUCCCCUUCCUUCCCGAGGGUGCCUGUGUUGCAAGAUGUACCGACAAUGCCGGAAAGUCCCUUUUCCCCGAGUUCAACGACGUUGAUGAGUAUGGACCUCUCUUCAUCGAGUCUCUCUCCUAUUCCUUCGAGUCUGGCUCGGAAAAAACUACCGCCUUCAUGAUGAAAUCGGGCAUGUGCAUGGGUUCCUGCUCCGCUGUUGAGCAAAAUCUCUACCGCCAGCAGUUCCCCUCUAAGAAGCUCUGGUACCAGGCCAACAAGAGCGGCACUCCUCCUCCUCGUCCUGUCACCACCACCACCACCACCACUACCACCACCACCACCACCACCACUGUCGCCCCUACCCCCACUACUCCUGUCCUCGACCCUGCCUUCCCCUUCAUCCCCAAUGGCGCCUGUGUUGCCGCCUGCACACUCGAAGCCGGUUUGGCCUUGAACCCCAAUUACUCUGAGGACCCCAAGUCUCCUUACUUCUGGGAGUCUAUCUCCUACAGCUAUAUUCGUGGCUCUUCCAGCAACCUUAAGUUUAUGAUCCAGGCCGGCACUUGCAUGGCUCCUUGCCCCGCGGAUCAGAUCGCCCUCUACAAAGCCCAGUACAGCGACCAGGUCAACUGGUACAACGCCAACAAGCCCGCAGUCACUACCACCGCCGUUCCUACCACCACCACCACCACCACUACCACCACCAGCGCUCCUCCAGUCGUCACAACCACCCCCCCAGGUGUCGACCCAGCCUAUCCCUUCCAGCCCAACGGUCCCUGUGUCCAAAACUGCAUCAACACUGUCGGCAAGGCCAUGUUCCCCAACUUCUCUGACGAUCCUAAGUCUCCUUACUUCUUUGAGUCGCUCUCGUACUCUUUUGAGUCUGGAUCAGAGAACACCAGAAACUUCAUGACCAGCGUCGGCAUGUGCCAGGGCAAGUGCCCCCCUGCCGAGAACGAGCUCUACUCUGCCCAGUUCUUUGACCAGAAGGUUUGGUACAACGCCAACAAGCCCCAGCCCACCACCGUCGCCCCUACUGUUCCCACUACUACUACCACCACCACCACCACCACCAGCGCUCCUCCAGUCGUCACAACCACCCCCCCAGGUGUCGACCCAGCCUAUCCCUUCCAGCCCAACGGUCCCUGUGUCCAAAACUGCAUCAACACUGUCGGCAAGGCCAUGUUCCCCAACUUCUCUGACGAUCCUAAGUCUCCUUACUUCUUUGAGUCGCUCUCGUACUCCUUUGAGUCUGGAUCAGAGAACACCAGAAACUUCAUGACCAGCGUCGGCAUGUGCCAGGGCAAGUGCCCCCCUGCCGAGAACGAGCUCUACUCUGCCCAGUUCCCUGACCAGAAGGUUUGGUACAACGCCAACAAGCCCCAGCCCACCACCGUCGCUCCUACUGUUCCCACUGUUCCCACUACCCCCACUACUACCACAACUACCUCUGGCCCCGUUCCUACUACUCCCAGCGGUGGAUUCAACUACCCCUUCAAGGCUAACGGCGCCUGCGUUGCUGGCUGCACCAACAAGGUCGGUAAGGCCAUGUUCCCCAACUAUUCUGAGGAUCCCAAGUCGGCCUACUUCAUCCAGUCCCUCGCCUACACCUUCGAGUCUGGCUCAGCCAACACCGGCAAGUUCAUGACCGACGCCGGAAUUUGCAUGGGUACCUGCCCCGUUGAGGAGCUUAACCUCUACCGCGCGCAGUAUGACGCCCAGAAGGCUUGGUACAACGCCAACAAGAACGGAAACGGUGGCACCAACCCCCCUGUUACCACCAACAACCCCACUACUACCACCACUUCUUCUGGCCCUCUCCCCACCGGUCCCGUUACUCCCCCUGCCGGCGGAUUUGACUACCCCUUCAAGGCUAACGGCGCCUGCGUUGCUGGCUGCACCAACAAGGUCGGUAAGGCCAUGUUCCCCAACUAUUCUGAGGAUCCCAAGUCGGCCUACUUCAUCCAGUCCCUCGCCUACACCUUCGAGUCUGGCUCAGCCAACACCGGCAAGUUCAUGACCGACGCCGGCAUUUGCAUGGGUGCCUGCCCCGUUGCUGAGCUCAACCUUUACCGCGAGCAGUAUGACGCACAGAAGGCUUGGUACAACGCCAACAAGAACGGAAACGGCGGCAGCAACCCUACUAACCCCGGCGGCGAACCUACCAACCCUACCACCCCUCCCACCGGUCCCGUUACUCCCCCUGCCGGCGGAUUUGACUACCCCUUCAAGGCCAACGGCGCCUGCGUUGCUGGCUGCACCAACAAGGUCGGUAAGGCCAUGUUCCCCAACUAUUCUGAGGAUCCCAAGUCGGCCUACUUCAUCCAGUCCCUCGCCUACACCUUCGAGUCUGGCUCAGCCAACACCGGCAAGUUCAUGACCGACGCCGGCAUUUGCAUGGGUGCCUGCCCCGUUGAGGAGCUCAACCUCUACCGCGAGCAAUACGACGCCCAGAAGGCUUGGUACAACGCCAACAAGAACGCCAACGGCGGCGGCAGCGGCGGCGACCCCACUAACCCCGGCGGUGACCCUACCACCCCUCCCACUGGCCCCAUCACCCCUCCUGCCGGCGGAUUCGACUAUCCCUUCACGCCUAACGGUCCUUGCGUCCAAGGAUGCACACUCGAGACCGGUAAGGCCAUGUUCCCAGAAUACUCCGAGGACCCCACGUCGCCCUACUUCAUCCAGUCUCUCGGCUACUCCUUCGAGUCUGGCUCGGACAACACCCAAGAGUUCAUGACCAAGGCCGGUAUGUGCAUGGGCAAGUGCCCUGCCGCCGAGCUCGAGCUCUACACCAACCAGUUCACUGCGCAGAAGGCCUGGUACCUCGCCAACAAGAACGCUGGUCUCAACGCCACCGCCACCCCCACUGGCCCCGUUACCCCCACGGACCCCGCUACUGGUCUGCCCACCACCGUCCCUAGCACCGGCGGAGACCAGGGAAGCAGCGCUGUCAAGUUUGCGGCCUCUGGAUUGGCCACUCUCUUGGCCGUCGUCUCUGCUCUCGUUGUUGUCGCUUAA